UUCCGGAAAGUUGGCGGUUCGGAGUGCGUUUGUACCUGUUGGCUGUUGCAAUCCUUACCAUAUUUGUAAAUUCUGAAAACAAAUCUAAGAGCGCACUGAGCAGAACUAGUGCGUAUUUAUUAAAAGUGACAAGAUGCUGCACACUCGCACGAUCGUGAUAUUGUUGGUUGGCUUGGUGAUGCUAGUGAAUGCCCAAACCUUCCAAUAUUCACGAGGAUGGACCAAUGGCAAACGGGCCUCAACCUCAGAAGCUGGCGCAAACCCCGUUUUUAUGUCCCGCGUAGCCACGGCAGGGCUCGACACGCUGAAACCAAAUGAAAAAGCAUUGCUGCGCCAAUUCCUGCGCAAUCCUUGCGACCUGAGGAUAGCCAAUUUACUUGCCGGCCAUCCCGGUAAGGAGCUGUUUUCGGGCGUUGAGUUUGAUAGUGCGGAAACUGGGGGCCCGUCUUUCGUUCUUCCGCAAUUCCUGAUCGAUCCCGAAGACGGAAAUGGCGGUACCAGUGUUAAUGUAGCCAGCGGUCGACCAGUCGGCGGCAAUGAUCUACGCUUCAAACGAGACGUCGUUGCGCCUCUCGGAGAUCUGCGUCAGAAAAUUGCCUAAACAUUCGUUUGCCAACCACCAUCCAAACGGGGAUAACAACCCAGCGGAAACAGGUGCGCUCUCAUGCGCUUACAGGAUUAUCCACACUCGAGGAUCAAAGGAGCGGUCCUUACGAAUAUACCCAUUUAGCGGAACGGAAGAGAAGUAGAGACUGCCACUGCGGUUGACGAAGAUAAUAACGUUUUAAUGAUCCAUCGGGCAAGGAUGUACAUGUGAUUAUAAAAGUUUGUCGUUUGUUAAAGUUUGUCACAACGUCUCCAGCUGAAUCCGUUGACCGUUUCUCAUCGAUUACCACAAUACUUCCUGAUAUCUGGAGCCGCCGCCGUGAGCUUAACAGCAGUUGCGUUGGUCAUAAUUUUAACCAUCUUCUAAAAGCACACAGGAAUGUAAUAC